AUGGCUCCUGGUAUUAGUGAUUUGCCGAUGCUGCCAGCGACGGCAGAAGAAAUCGCUAAUGUUUCUAUGUAUACGGAAGUUGUAAAUAAAUUGGUUGCAUGCAUUGUGAAUGCGGUCAAUGAUGGCAAGAGCGUCACAGCAGCAAAUAAGCGCCUCAUCACAGUUGCUUCUGAAGAAAUAAGGAGAGCCAAUUUGGUACUUACUAAUAUUACAUCCACGCUGUCUAGUCCCGCUGAGGACCUCAAAAAUGAUAUUAUCACUUGUGUGCGUGAAGAAAUUACUCAUUUUAAGAAAUCAAUUAGCAGCCCUUCUCUAGGGCGAUCGUCUUAUGCUCAAGUUGUUUCUUCAAGCGCUAAUCAAUCACUCACGAUAAACAACCACGGUACACCCCUCCCCGCAACCAAACCAGCGUUAAUCGUCACUCCAAAAACAGAAGUUAAAAAUAAGCAGGAAGUUAUCGACGUUUGGCGCAAAAGUAUCAGCUUCCGUGCCACCAGAUAUGCACCUGCUCGCGUUCAAACAGUGUCACACAAUAAAUUAAGGGUCGAGUUCGAUAACGAACAGCAGCGUGACGAAACUCUAACACGUUUAUUGAACUCAAAGGUAGUUACAGCUGAACCUGCACGAAAACUUAGACCCAUAAUAAUCCUCAAGGGAAUUUCUGUUGACACUCCAAUUGAAGAAUUAGUGGAUAUUAUUAAAAUGCAAAAUACUGAACUAUCUGAUACCAUUACAGAACAGGAUGACUUAAAAUUUUGCUUCAAACGCAGUAACAGAAAUGCAGUUUUUCGGGCUCAACCCACAAUUUGGAGAAAAAUGAUCAGCAUGUGUAAAUUAUCCAUCGAUCAUCAGCGCAUACACGUUGAGGAAUUUUCACCAUUUAUGCAAUGUCAUAAAUGUUACCAGUUUGGACACACAAAGAACAAAUGUACUUCGGAAAACACUGCAUGCGGUCAUUGUGCCGCAACCACACAUAAUUCUGAAAACUGUCCUAAAAGAGACAAUCCGCACUGCGCUCAGUGUAUCAACUGUGUCGCACAUAACACCAAAUUUAGCACAAAACUGAUACCAAACAUAAGGCUACAUCCACUUAUUACCCCAGACUGCGAGCCAUGA